UCACGUGACACCCGAGGCCAUGAGCACGUAAAUUUUUUGGUCCUGGUGAUUUUGGUUUUAUUGGAGUGUUUUUGAUACAAAGUGGGAUUCUAUUUUGGUUUACUGUGUGUCAAAUAGUGUUCUGUAUUGAUAUAUACUGGAAAAAAAGAGGAAUUUCAACUUGGGUUUGUUUGAAACAUGGAAACACGAAACAAAGGAAUAUCCAAAAAAAAUUCUGACAACAGUUCACCCAAAGCCAAGCAAACCGAACAUUCAGCAGAGCGUGACCAGGGUCCGUUAUGUGACAAACUAAAAACCAUAUCGGACCAGGCCAAGUGUAAUUAUACCGAAAUUACAACCUUGCGCUCCGAAAAUGCUCAACUUAAGCGUGAACUUGAUCUCCUGCGGUCGGUUGUGAUUAGAAUGGACAGAAAACUGUCACACAUCGAUGAUGACAUAACUGAUCUUCGCUCGAGAUCGAUGAAAGACAAUAUAUUGAUUCACAACUAUCCUUAUACCCAACAAGAGGACUUGGCCACAGCGAUACCCAAUGAUAUAAAGCAAUCACUGGGUGUCGAUGUUGAGUUUGUCCGCAUCCACAGGAACGGGGUCCGCCCACAGUUCAAUGACAAACCGGUCACAAUAACCGCUAAGUUGAAGGAUCGCAAUAAAAAGGAUGAGAUUCUCAACGCGCAGAGGCUAAAAAAAAUUGCAAAACAGCGUUUACCCUUCUUCAUCACUCCCCAACAGCCCGCACCCCUUACCUCCGCUAGAAAUAAACUUUUUGAUAAAGCGGAUUCAUUUCGCAAGCAGAACAUUAACGUUAAAGUUCAAAGAAACGAGAUAACAAUGCCAAACGGUACGAAAUACGAGGAAGAGGUACCCCUUAUUUCCAGUGCGGAUGCCUUGCAAAUUUCCUCUGAGGAAUAUCAGUCCUUGGACGACGUUGUGGUUGUCUCCACGGAACCGGUGCGGAAAGACGGGUCUGAAUUUAUGGCGGUUGGUGCUCAUAUUCAGUCCUCGGACGAGGCCCUGAAUAUCUACAAAAAAACAUCAAUAGACCCUUACGCUGCAAGUUGCGACAGCAGAAUCCUCGUAUACAGGUUUCGCGACCAAAGUGGAAAAACUAUCGAAAAUUACCACGACGAUCGGGAGCAUGGGGCAGGACGGAGAAUGCUAAGGUACCUCCAAGACAAUCGGAUCAACGACGUUGCAAUUGUUUUGACGCGAUGGAUGGGGCGCUCGCACAUUGGCCCAGCCCGUUUUUCCAUCAUGGAAAACUUGGUUUGUGACCUUGUUAACAACCUAGAUGAUCCAAGUGACGCCGGAAAAUAA